UGUGGCUCGAGCCCACGGCGACGGCGCCGGCCCGCAUAUAUUGAAGCCCAGCCCGCAACAAACUGGCAGGAUGGCGGCGAGGCUCCUCCUGCUGCUGGCCCUGCCCGCCGUGGCCCUGGGCACCGAGGCGGGCGUGGCGAAGAACCCGAUCCGCAAGGUGGUGACCAUGCUGCAGGGGAUGUUCAAGACCGUGACCGAGGAGGGCGAGAAGGAGGAGAAGGCCUUCGAGGAGUUCAUGUGCUACUGCAAGACGGGGGUCGGCGACCUCGAGACCUCCAUAGAGUCUGCCACGACCAAGAUCGACACCCUGGAGUCGAGGGGGGGCCAACGGAGUUCUCCGACCUGGGCAGCACCGUGGCCUUGGCGGCGGCCAGGGAAUGUCUGCCCACGGCGGAGAUUGCCUUGCGGCGAUCGUCAGAGGAGGGACAUGUACCCAUACCGCUACCCACACCGCUACCCUUCCCUCAUGUUACCUUUUUUGGACCUCCUGGGAGGUCCUCGUCGCCACGGCUGGAUUUCCUUCGAGAUUCUGGUCCGAACGCACACUGGGAGAGGUCACCUGGGGAGUGGCGGUAUCGGUACCUUUGAUUUUCCCAGAUCGCGCGGGUUCCGCCAGGAGUCCCUGGAGAAGAAGAAGCUGACGGAGGGGUCGCUGUCUGAGCACAAGGACAGCCGCGCCGAGGCGAAGGAGGCCGUCGCCAAGGCGGAGGCCCUGCGCGCGAGCGAGAACGCGGCGUUCAAGCAGGAGAAGUCCGACUCCGAGACCAACAUCAGCGCGAUCAAGGCCGCCGUGGCAGCGCUCGAGAAGGGCAUGGGGGCCUCCUUCCUGCAGUCGGGGGCUGCCAAGAGGAUUGCCCAGUUCGCCAUGGAGAAGGCCACGAUGGCCGACGCCGCCCGCCAGGAUCUCCUGUCUUUCCUGUCCGGCUCCGCCGACUACGCGCCCAAGAGCGGCGAGAUCACUGGCAUCUUGAAGCAGAUGGGGGACGAGAUGACCGCCUCGUUGGAGGAGGCGAUCGCCGCCGAGGAGAAGGCGCAGGGCGCGUUCAAUGAGAUGGUGGCUGCGAAGACCAAGGAGAUCAACACGGUGACCGCGCAGAUAGAGGAGGAGAUGUUGCGCCUGGGCGAGCUCAACGUGCUGCUGGCCGAGAGCGGCAACGACCUGGACGAGACCAAGGAAACGCUGAAGGAGGACACCAGCUACCUCGCGGAGCUGAAGAAGGGGUGCAGCACGAAGGAGGCCGAGUGGCAGGAGCGUUGCAAGGUGCGCCAGGAGGAGCUUGUCGCGAUCUCGGAGACCAUCAAGAUUCUCAACGACGACGACGCGCUGGAGCUGUUUAAGAAGACUUUGCCUUCGACUUCGGUGAGUUUCCUGCAGGUCAAGGAGAGCGCGCGGGACGUGCGCAGGCGCGCGCUCGACGCGCUGCGCGCCGAGCCCAGUGGGAGCCCUCGGCUCAACCUCGUGAUGCUGGCCAUCCAGGGAAAGACAGCGGGGUUCGAAAAGGUAAUUGCGUUGGUCGACGAUAUGAUGGCGACUUUGAAGAAAGAGCAGGCAGACGACGAUGCGAAAAGGGAGUACUGCGAGGCCGAGCUCGACAAGACUGAGGACCAGAAGAAAGAGCUGGAGCGUGCCAUCGAGGUGUCCAGCACUGCCAUCGAGGAGCUCACGGGCGCCAUUGCCACUUGGACCAGCGAGAUCAGCGACCUCAAGGCAGGCAUCCUCGCGCUCGACAAGUCCGUGGCCGAGGCCACCAAGCUGCGCAAGGAACAGAACGCAGAGUACAAGCAACUGAUCGAGGAGAGCAAGGCCACCAAGGAGAUCCUGCUCUUCGCGAAGAACCGCCUCAAUAAGUGGCCGACUUACGGACAAGCCCCCCGUGGAUCUGGCGCAGGUGCGGGCUCACAGGACCGCCAGCGACUCCGACGCGGCACCGCCGCCCCCGCCGGAGACGUUCGGGGCCUACACCAAGAAGAGCGAGGGUUCCAGCGGCGUCAUCGCAAUGAUCGACAAGCUGAUCACGGACACCGACGUUACCAUAAAGGAGGCAGAGACCGAGGAGAAGGACGCCCAGGGCGACUACGAGAAAGUGAUGGCCAACGCCGGCGAGAAGCGUGCGACGGACUCGAAGGCCCUCACCGACAAGGAGGCCGCCAAGGCCGAGGCCGAAGAGUCGCUGCAGGUCGAGGCGGACAAGAAGAAGGACCUCGAGACGGAGCGCAUGGAGGUGAUGCAGAUCAUGAUGAAUCUGCACAGCGAGUGCGACUGGC